UGGAAAUGACAGUCGUCCUUCCGGAUGUGUUUGCUGUUUUAAAUCAAUCAGGUGAACCUAAAGAGAUUGACUCUAGCAUUACAAUGUGCGUAUUGGAAUUGUUGAGCCAAAAGUUGAUUCCAUCAGAAGACAAACAACAGGACGAUAGUGUUCGCAAGAGUCUUCCAUUGAAGUUGACGAAUAUUCAGCAUGUUGUAGAAAAUGCAGAUAUUCGAACCCGGAAAAUGGAAUUUGAUGAAUCUGUAAAGACUUUACCUGAAAGGAAAGAGCUAUUAUCUGUAGUGGAUUUUCCUUCGCCUUCUGCGGAAUUAUAUUUGGAUGUAUCUGGACAAAAUAUUUCGAAGGCUGUGUCGUUGCAACUUCGUGAACAAUUUUUUGAGCAAUAUACUAUUGACGAAGCUGUAAAAAAGGUUAAAACUGGGAUACAGCAAGAAACGCCCACUGAGGAAUAUACUGUUGACGAACCAGGGGAGAAGCUUAAGGCCAUAUUGGAUAAAGAUGAAAAGCACAUCGAAACGUUUACGAUUGACGAAUCUGGACAACAUGUUAAAGCUGUGAAGCCUAGAGAGUCGAUGGAGAUGUAUUCGACCAGUGCGUCUGAAUCGAAGAAAAAACAACUCAGCUAUUAUUGUGAGCCAUGUUUACAAGAUAAAGGUAAAGUUCAACACGUGGUUAAAUGCAAAGACUGCGAUGAGAUGCUUUGCUCUGAUUGUGCCCGAGUUCAUAGAAAUUCGAAGAUGUCUAGAGAUCACAUUAUGAUAGGUAAGAUAUAUCAUAUUCGAUAUUUCGCGAUUGUUAGCGAAGAUUGAUACCCUUACAAUUAGUUUGAGUGGUUUAAAGUA